CGUUGACAGAGAUGAACUUGUUCGUACAGGUAGACACGCAGUCAAACAAGCAGGUGCGUAAUUUGUACAUCUUUGGGAGAACUAGGCCGCAAAGAUUAUAAAAACAUAACAGAAAUUCAACCACUUAUCCGUGGUGGAACCCGAGAAGAAAAAGUGUAAUGGAGAACUUUUUUAGACCUGUUCACAACCCUUGUCCAUCGGAUCAGAUCAAGCAACAGAGGAACCAACACCAUCCAGAGCAUCACCGUCACCAGUACGCUCACUCACCAAGGUAUACAACUGACGAUGAUGAUAGGAACACCGACAAUAGCCAAGGACAUCGUCGGCGCAAUUGGCACAAUCGGCACAGUCGGCCCGAUCGCUACCUCUAUGACAACUCCCGUCAGGAUGUCCAGUAUCCCCGUCUGUUUCUCCACGGCGAAGAGAGCGACAAAUUUUACAACAAUCGCACGUCUGUGACUCUUUCCAGGGCCUCUUCCUCUUCCCUUUCCUCCAGCUCUUCCUCCUUUUCCUCAUUCACAGAGGCGAGUUCAAACGAGCCCUUUUUGCUUCGCCACGCCGAGCGGCCACAGCAUUCCCUGUCCUGCUCCAAUAUCUCGGACAUGCGUCAAGCUUUGAUGGAGGAUGAGAGCAGUGAGCCCAUUGUCUUCGCCACCAUCAAGCACGGCAAAGGAGGCAACGUUGUUUGCGGGGCGCGCAACGACUCACGCCCCGAGUUCUCCUGCCUCAACCGAGGUCACAGUCGAAGUGAAGAAGGCCUUCAGCCAGGCGUUAAAGGUGAUGGAGGGGAACGAUCCAAAGAGUCACAUAUGAACUUUGGGCCUUUGUACAAGACAACUAGUCUGAAUCGAAGCUUGGCUUUCAGUCAGGAUGACAUUUUUUUAGGGGUUCCCAGUGGACCAAAGAGGGCAGUUUCUUCCAGCCAGCUACCCAGCAAAGGGAUCUUAAAAAACAAGACAGAUCGUCCCGACAUUCGUAAGGCUAAGUCAAUGGAGGUAAUCUCUCCAAGAGUCACCAAGGGACCAACGGAGGGAAAGGGGAAGAUAGAGCAAGCACAGGCAAACUUUGUCAAGGGAAAGUUACAGUUUUCAGCCUUUUUAGAUGAAAUUACCAGACAAGUCAUGAGUCCAUCCCAUCUCUCCAUCUUGGGUGUGAGCAAUGAUAAGACAACUGGGAAGACGGCUGCAUCAGUCCCGACAUCCGACCCAGUCAAACCUCAGCUUCCACCCAAAAAACACAAGGUGUGGAAAAGGAAUGAGCAGGAGCAGCCUGUGAAGCAGCCCAACAGAUCAGCAAAAGGCUACAGCAGCUCUAGGAAAGACUCAGACUGCUCCAAUCCUGACAAAAUCAUCUCAUACGGAGCUAAGAACCACAGAGGCAGCCCCCCGCCUCAACAUUAUGCUCCGUCUUCAACCCACGGUCGUAAAAACAGGAGACCCUCACCUCCUGGAGAAUCCAUGUCAGGGGACAGAUAUGGUAGAUGUGGUCCUCCCCACACUGAUGGAACCAGCACCAGUCCAGAACUAACUCGGCCCAAACAACGCAACCAACACAAACACCAACAGAACACCUGCCAUUAUACUCAACCGUUCGCUCAAAAGGUCCACAAGGACUCAGGCCACAGAGGUCCUGGCGUUUCCUCUCCACCUUCAGCUCAGAAUGCAGGAGCAGGCUUUGGAUCAGAGUCCUCGUCCACAAAAUCCGACUUAUCAAGGUGCAGAGAAACAGCCUCCACAGCUACAAGUCACAGCUCAGGGCAAAGCAGUCGACACCAAUCCCAUAACACGGCCAUUCCUACACAGCACAGGGACAUGCUGUGCGAUCCUGAUGAUUUUCAGGCACUGCAGGAGGAAAACGCGGACCUCCACCAGAACCUGCUGCAGACGGUGGUUUGCAUCGAGAGCCUGGAGGCAGAGCUGCAGAGGACCAGAGACGAGCUGAGUCAUGUUAAAGAGAAAUACAAGAGUCUCCUGCAGACUCACUCUGGGACCCAGCAGGCCGACAACCUACUGGAGGAGCACCUGCACGUAGCGUCUGAGAGUGUGAGCAGUGAGAGGAAGUUUCUGCUGAAUCGUGUGUCCCAGCUGGGCUCAGAACUGGAGGAGGCCCACAGGACCAUCACAGCCCUGGAGAACAUUAAUGUGCCACGUUUGCUGAAGGAGCUCUUGGAGAAGCACUUUGGAUCAGCCGAAGCAGUUCAGAAGUUCCUCAUCACCUCUUUUCCAGUCAACCAAUCCUCUGACCCUAAACCCGAGGAGGAGGAGGAGGUGGAGGAGGAGCACGACUGGUUGAACAAAUCAGAGACCGGGUCACAGAGGGUCACGGCCUUCAUGCCGGUCAAAGCAAGUCCGCCUCAGAACAAAAACAAACCUGGUCGUUCGGGUCAGCUUGAGUCAACCCACUUCCCAUCAUCUUCUGACAGCGACGCUUCGGUCUACAGAACGAGUUUUCCAGCCAAACCGCAGCCCGUUUACCCCACAACCCAGCAGCAGUCCUCCCGGGCCAGCGCCAGCACCCCUUUGGACCCCCAGCAGCAGGCCCGCGCAGGCAGGUGGGAAGGGAGGGGAGGGUUGAAGGUGCUGCUUUUAGAGAAGGAUGCAGAGGACGUGAACUCCAUGUCGGCUCAGCUCAUCCUGGACGGUUUCAUCCAGCAUCUGCAGACGCACAAAGAGUCUGACGGAGGGAAGGAGCAGCAGGGCGUAAACGGAUGAACGCAGGAUGUUUGUUUUCAUUUAUGUCUCUCCUCAACAUCUGUCAGCUGUAAAAACCUGAUACACAAUCCUCACAGUUCCUGUAGAAGAACGAAGCCGUAAACAGAACGACGAAACAUUAAAAACAGCAGAAAUUAAAAGGUUUAACACAGAAAAAAGAACAGGUGGUAAAAACAAAGAUUGGAUCGAUAAAAUGAGGGAAUAAAAGGGUAAAUAUAAAAAAAUUACAGCACUAUUCAAAAUUUACACGCUUUAUAAUUUUUUGUCUAAAAUUGUGCUUCACAUAAUGUCCAGUAAUGUGCUGGGUCGUAAAUAGAUAUUUGUUUUAUUAACCAUAUAAAAUGUCCACAAAAUCAAUUAAACAAAAAAUAGAAAACUGGAAAUGGGUACGUACUACUUGGUCACGCUGGAUUUUUUCUAUUAUAUACUUUAUGUUAGUUUUUGUUGUGCACACAAACAAAGACUUGUAAAUAUUUGGAAACUCUGUAGUAAUAAUGUGUGAAGAUGUUGAUGUAGUGAGUAAAAUUAUCCUUAAAGAUGUAAAUUAUGUGCAGAUAUUUUGAACAUUGAGAAAUGUUGAUUUAGUCUUUUUGGACCCAUUCUUGUAAAAUUUUGCUUUUAUGUUUCAGGUUCUGUUGGUGAUGCUAUGAUUUCACUUAAUAUAUUGUGUCAAAUUGG